AGAAAAGCAGGAUCUCCAUUCGACGUGGGGUUGGGUCCUCAUUCUGCCUCCUCCUGGCUGUGGGGUGUCUCUGAACCCCCAUGGUUCUCCAGAAUGGGGGUGGUGACAGCGAUAAUAGUGGGCAAAAGUUAAAGGCGGUGGCUCUCAGCUGGGUGGAUUGUGUCCCCCGCACGACAUCUGGCAAUGACAGGAGAUGUUGUUUUAGUUAUCACAAGGAGGGAAGGGAGAUGCUACUGGCAUCUAGUGGGUGGAUGCCAGGGAUGCCGCUUAGCAUUGUACACUGUGCAGGACAGCCGUCACACCCCAUCACACAGAAUGAUCCGGCCCCAGAUGGCAAUAGGGCCAGGAUUGAGAACUCUAGGUUAAAGAAAUGCGGCCCAGGAGAUCUGGGCAUAUAGUAGGUCUUCAGGAUCCUAAAGGAACUGAUGGGCGUUGGGGAGUCAGGCCUGAUAAGCUGUCGCACCUCUGUCUUCCCCCUUAUAUCCCCAGCAGCUGGCGGCUGCAUCCCAGGUUAAGGGGUUGAGACCAGCUCUGCUUUCCAUGGGCACCAGAAGGAAGCAGCCUCUUGGUUUGAACUGUCAACAGUAGGCAGGAUCCUCAGUGAUUAAAAGCUAGAAGGUAGCGCUGUGCUGAGUGUCUUGCUUUUGUGAUCUCAAUGGCUCGAGGAGAGAGAAGCUUCUCCAUUUACAGAUGAAGAGGCUGUGAUUCUGACCUUCAUUCGCUCACCCAAGGUCACACAAGUCCACCUGUUUCCAGAGCCCAGCUGUCACCCACACCUCCAGGGAUGCAAGGAGGUUGGGUUUUGUGCCGACUUGAGAAUGUUAGCCAAAAACAAACAGCAAAAGAAAACCAUCUUGGUUAACAAUUUACCCCUUUGCCCUCAUUAUUUUAUUCAUUCAGCAAUCAUUAAAUACAGGUUCCCCUCCACUAUCCGAAAGCAGAGCGUUCCUCUGAAACCUUUCCUAAGCUGCAAUGGCAUAAAUUGAAGAAGCAAUUACCUGAGGACACAUCUUGCUCACAGAUGCACAGAAGAAAUGGAGAUAAAGCACAGAUGCUGUCAGACACAGUUCAAAGCUCCGGCCGCUUGAUGCUGAGAUACUGAGUGUGGUUCCCACGGAAGGCACUUGGUGGCGCCACUCGCUGCUUGGGGCUCAGCUCACCACUGUCAUGGCUCGUUAUAAAAUGAACACUGAACGUGAUUUUUGCUUUUUACCCCAUUUUUGUAAAAGCAGAAAUUCUCUGGAUUUCUUUCCGUUAAAAACAAACAGGUACUAAUGUAGGUCUUUCAUUAAAGCAAAGUAGCUUAAGGAAAACUUUCGAAAAGCCGGGAAAUUCUGGUAGCUAUCACAGGCAAAAUUAUACUUUGUUAAGCACACACACAAAAUGCGUGGAUCUUUUUUUUGGUCAUAAAUAAAGGGACUAUCAUGAUCAUCUCUAUUUCUAUUUAGGCUAAGAGCUGGGCCCUGGAGGAGGCCAACCCCUUCUCCUCUGCUGUGUGACCCUGGGUGAGUGACUCCACAUCUCUGAUCUGUCUCCCCCUCUAUAAAGUGGAGAUCAUAAUUCCUCCCCUAAAGAGGGCUGCGUGAGGAUUGAACAUACUGCUCGUGAAGCUGGCCCAGUGCCGUGCACAUAGUAGGUCUUCAAUAAAUGGUCACUGUUAUUUGUCAAUGUAUAAUGAAAUGCGCAACGAAAAUGAAUCUUUGUAUAACGAAUCUUCUGUAUAACGAAAAUGAAUCUUUGCUGGGUCUGUUACCACAUCUCGUGGAAAUGUUUGGGUGGAUUUACACGCAACUUGGAGGGUAUGUUCAGGGUGAUCUGACUUAAAAUUUAGGCCACAUGGCACAUGGGAAAAUUGACAGAUUCUGGGACCCCUCACUUUAAGACCUGGAGCCUUUCCAAGGACGUCAUGCACCUCAAUAGGAAGAUGGUGGAGCUGAGAAGCCAAAGGAAGGAAGUUGAAGACACUGAGAUCUUUACACCCCGAUGCCCCCUGCCUGGUGCUGCCGGGCUUCCCACAAAGCUGAUGCAGUCCGUCUGCCCCCAGGAAGUCAUCAGAGGCCACGGCUGAGGACACAGAGGCAUGGGGGCCUCCCUGGGCCUGCUAUUGGGGUGAAGUGGCCCGCACAGAAUCAGGUGGACAGGGCGCUGCCUCAGCAAGCCAGGAUGUGCUGGGCUGUCAGAAAACGCCCAUAAAUAGGACGGUCCCUGCAGAAGCAGACUGAGUCUGCAGACGGCAUCGGCCCCUCUGUUCUCAAGGCGACUGCAACAGGUUCAUUCUGGGUAUGCGGGGAGAGAGAGGCAGGCCCGGACUUUGGUGGUCUCCGGGGGGCGUGCACAGCUGGCCCCCUGCACCAACCGGGGAUCCACGUGAGGGCUGGAGCCGAGAGGGAGGAACCAGGACAGCGACCAAGCCAGCUGGUGUCUGAGGGGGUGCGCAGGGUCGAGCCCUUGGCUGUGAGCUUAGGGCAGGGGACCUACAAAGACUGAGCACCGCUGAGGAAGCGGAAUGGGCAAACUGGGGGCCUGCCACAUCUGCUGAGAAUCCUCUGUGAGCUGGACCUCCAUGAGCUGGACCAGGCCCUGUUUCCUGCUGAGGCUGGACACAGGCAGACAGACAGCCCGCAGGCUACGCAUCCCUGGGCCUGUGUCCUGAGUAUAUGGGCCACGCAGCCCAUCUACUUCCAGGAAUGUGGGGUGUAGCUGAGGCCACUGUGGAUGUCUGAAAUGGGCAUGUGUGUGUGCAAGAAAGAGAGAGGGGCUGUGUUUGUGCAACAGGUGGGAAGUGACCAUGUACAAUGACCACGGGAGCUUGUGUGUGUGUGUGUGUGUGUGUGUGUGUGCACCUGUGCAUGUGCUGAUAAGCAGGAAAACAGUCCUAUGUGUCUGUGUGUGCGGCAUCAAGAGAAUCCUUCCACGUGACUAAUGCAGGCCCAGGGGUGUGUGGCACAGUCCCUAGGGAUGCAGGGGAGCUGUCUGUCUGUUUGUGUCUGUGUCUCUUUAAGUGGCUGGAACAAAGUAAGUCCUCCAUAAAUGCAUAUGAAAUGAAUAAGUGAAUGCAGAGAAACUGGACUGGAGCCGGUGUCCCAGGACCUGGUCCGGCAUCAUGCUUUCUCUAGAUGUCUGCCUGUCUGUCCAUCUCCCACCAGUCUGUGGUCUCUUCCUCUCCAUCACCCAGCACAGGGCCAGGCACCAACUGGGUUCUCACGGAAUCUUUGGCAAGUGAAGGAGUCAGUGAACAAAAAACUAUACUGCUUGGGGUGCAGAGGCGGGAGAGAUUCCUGUAGAGGAAAUCCAGGCAACACCCACCCUCUGAGCAGGGUCUGGAGGUGCUGUGUCCGCACAGAGCUCCGGGUGUGGGGGAAGGGCACGCGCUUUGGAGCCCAGUCCCAGCCCCACCUCACUGGGCCUCGGGAUUACCCUCUGUAAAAUGGGGAUCCUGACCCCCCUGACUGUCCCGGUCCCUGUGGUCCAUAGUAGAUACUAAGGGGAUGUUUGCUGAAUGACUGAGUGACCACAUGUAGGUUGUGAGCAAUGACCACAUCUCAGAGACAGCCAAGUUCUAUAGCUCAGCCUCGACUCCAAUCACGUCAACACCUGGUUUUGCCCGGGUGCACCUGGUGACUCUUUUGCCUUUGACUGAAGCCACAGGUGUUCCUGGGGCAAUGGCGGAGCAGCACAGCGCGCCGGAACAGGCUGCCGCCGGCAAGAGCCACGGAGGCCUCGGGGGCGCCUACAAGGUGAUCGUGUACGAAAUGGAGAACUUCCAGGGCAAGCGGUGCGAGCUCUCGGCCGAGUGCCCCAACCUGACAGAAAGCCUGCUGGAGAAGGUGGGCUCCAUCCAAGUGGAGUCGGGGCCGUGGCUGGCAUUUGAGCGCAGGGCCUUCCGCGGGGAGCAGUAUGUCCUGGAGAAGGGGGAUUAUCCUCGCUGGGACGCGUGGUCCAACAGCCACCGCGGUGACAGCCUCCUGUCCCUCCGGCCUCUGCAAAUUGAUGGUCCGGAUCACAAGCUGCAUCUCUUUGAGAACCCGGCUUUCGGCGGCCGCAAGAUGGAGAUAGUGGACGAUGACGUGCCCAGCCUCUGGGCUCACGGCUUCCAGGACCGUGUGGCGAGCGUCCGGGCCAUCAACGGGACGUGGGUUGGCUACGAGUUCCCCGGCUACCGCGGCCGCCAGUACGUGUUUGAGCGGGGUGAGUACCGCCACUGGAACGAGUGGGACGCCAACCAGCCCCAGCUGCAGUCUGUGCGCCGUAUCCGCGACCAGAAGUGGCACAAGCGGGGCUGCUUCCUCAGCAGCUGAAGGGCGCCCAGGCCCCAGUGGCCCAGGCCCACCCUGGGAGGCAGCAAGGGCAAGAAGAGGCGGCUCCAGGGCCGGGGUGAGGGCCUGUCUGGCCACCCUUCCCCGGAAUCUGCUCAAUAAAGCCUGGGGCCGGUCCCCC